AUGGCCACCUCGGACUUCAAGCCCUCGCCUUUUCUGGAAGCCGGAGCGGCCGCCUCUAUCGGGUCGCUAGCAAUCUUACAUCUGAAACGCGAUCAGCUCAUCCCUCUAAUCCUCAAGUCGACCGCCGACGAUGGCUAUGCAGAGGGCGCCGUCACGAAUACCCGUUUUGGUUCCUUCCCACACUCGACACUGAAAGACAUUCCGUGGGGUACCCAGGUUCGCGCUUCGAAGGUCGACACUGGUUCAAGAGGUCGCGGUGGUGCUAAGCGCAAGAUCGACGACACUGAACCCAAGGAGGCCAUCCAGGCUGGCACAGGCUUCGUGCAUCUGCUACCACCCACUCCCGAGAGCUGGACCAUCAGUCUGCCCCACCGCACCCAGGUCGUCUACACUCCCGAUGCCAGCUACAUUCUGCAAAGACUCCAGGUCCGUCCUGGUCAAACAAUCAUCGAGGCCGGUGCUGGGUCAGGCUCUUUUACACACGCCUCGGCACGCGCCGUCUUCAACGGCUAUCCUUCACAAUCCUCGUCAGAGCCUUCGCUCAAGAAGCGUCGUUAUGGCCGUGUCUGCAGUUUCGAAUACCACGAGCCGCGUGUCCUCGGUCUGCAGGACGAAGUUCGUGCUCACGGCCUUGAUGACCUUGUCCGUGUGACACACCGCGAUGUCUACGCUGACGGCUUCCUCCUCGACGAACAAGAUCCCAAGGACAAGUCUCCGAAGGCUGACGCCAUCUUCCUCGAUCUCCCUGCUCCUUGGAUGGCUCUCAAGAACUUGACCCGUCAACGCCUCCCAGCCCGUACCGCCAAGCUCGUCGCCAACUCUGCCUCUUCCGACUCCGCCGAUAUAUCUGCCCCCUCAGAAACAGAAACACCGACAGAAGAAUCUACCGAGCCCUUCAUCUCUCCUCUCAACCCCAAUGUUCCCGUUCACCUCUGCACCUUCAGCCCUUGUAUCGAACAGGUCACUGCAACGGUAGCCGCCUUGCGCCGCCUUGGCUGGACAGAAAUACAGAUGGUUGAAGUCAUGCAAAAACGCAUCGACGUGCGACGAGAGCGCGUGGGUCUACACGAGGAAGGUCUGCGCGGUGUGAAUGCUUCAGCUGCGACCGUAGACGAAGCCGUGAAUCGCUUGCGCGAAGUUGAGGGCCGGUUCAAAGAAUGGCACGAAGCCGUCAAAGAGGCAGAUGUGGUGGCCGAAGCGAAUGGACAACCUAAGCCUCGUCCCAGCAACAAGGAUCACCCAGCCAGUCACUUCGAGAGCAAGCAAGCCAGACUCGAGCGUAUCAAGAAAGAAGCCGAAGAGAGAAAAACGUUCAAGGAAGGAAGACUGGUGCACAGGACCGAGCCCGAGAUCAAGACGCAUACAAGUUAUUUGGUCUUUGCAGUCCUACCACGGGAAUGGAGCGAAGAGCAAGAGGCGAGGCUGAGGAAGAAAUGGGGCACAGAAGGCCAGGUCUCGACUGAAGACAUCAGUAAGAAGGGAAACAANAAGAGUAGGAAGACGUAG